GCUUGCGAUACACAAUCAACUUCAGCGGAGGCAUGUCUUCCAUUUACACCCCCCUUUUUCCUCCGACUACCCUCCCCGAGCCCCGUCAUCCUUUAUCCUCUUCUUCCUCCGGCUCUUCAGACCAAGAUGCCCGACAACGUCCUCGACGUCACCGAGACCAGACAUACAGCAACUACCUCUCCAGUCAACACCUCGCGCUGGCGUCGCUUCCACAUGACAUCCACCCCGCAUCUCGACCGCCGUCCCCUUCUUCCGAGCUGAGAGUUGCUGCGAUGAGGAGGGACAUCCAGCACGCAGCGGAAGAAGCGGGUUGGGAGCCCAGCGAUGCGAAGUGGACGUUUGUAGCGGCGAAGUGUCGACUGGCGGGGACAAGGGGGCGGUGGAGAGUCGGCGCGAGAAUGGAGAAGGGCAAGGAGAAGUGGGAGGUCUACAGUGCGCGGAAGCUCCCAGAGCGGGAAGACGACUGGUUAGCCUGGGAACGGAAGGUGAGAGAAAGAAGGGAGAUUGAACUAUCCAAGAGCAAAGGGAAGGGGAAGGAAAAGGCGGUCGAUGAGGAGGGUGCGAAGGCGAAGGAACUGGUGAGGAACGUUCACGAGGAGAAUCGCAAACGACCUCAGAGGAGGCGGGUGGCUGAUAUUAUCGAGAAGGUUGCCGUCUGGCAGGCGACGGUUCAGCAGCCUAGCGCGUCAACAAUGGGCUCUCAAGCCAUGAACAUAGUCUCGGUGAACCCUGGCCCUUCCGGUGUUCACCCCGAUGGGCAUGCAGACCCGGACAUCAUAUCUAACGCUCAGGUGCAGCCUUCAUUGCCAUUUCCGGUCGUCAAAAGUUCGAGUCAAGGACAACUCGCAGGAAAAGGAAGUAAUAACAGGCUGGAAAGGCAGACUUUGCGCGAGGGUCCCAUCGGCGACCCGGACCCAAUAGAGGCUGCAAAAGUGCCCAUCCCUCGUCCACGAGACGUGUUUGACACUGACCCGGGACCAUUCUCGUCGCGUUCAACUCACACCAAGCAGCGGCCAGGCAGGAUCGUGUCAGACGUCCCAGAAUCGUCCUUCCUCCAGCCAUCUUUUCCCGACCACCUCCAGACCUCCACGCCGAACAGGCUUAGACGCAAACCAGCCGCAAUGCCGCGAGCAGACGAAACACACCCCUUCCUCUCAUCACCCCCUCUUUCCCCGCCUCGUUCGUCUAGCCUGCGCCUCGGGCAGAGCUCGUCCCAGCCGGUCUUGUCGGUUAGUAAACGCGCGCGGCCGCUCACGCCGAGCUCCGACGACGUGCGAAUGCGGAGCAACUCGCUGGCGUCCCCCACUGCGCUGAAGAAAGCCCGAACGAUGGGUGACGCCCCUGCGGUCGUGUCCCUGCCUAUACCUCGAACGCCAGGCAACGUACGGCCGCCCACGACGCCGCCGAAGAGCGGCAGCUCGUGUCGUGUAGGGCUCGCGCCCUUCACGCCGCAUAGGGCUGAGAAACUCCCUACGCUGACGGAACUACUUGCGAGUAGGCAGCGGUCCGGAAGCGGGGCUAAGAGAAAGCGCACGGAACUCAGGAUCGUGCCUAGCCCUGGUGAUAAGGCUAGGGACAAAAAUGCUUUGCAGCGAAUACCAGAAGCCUCUCAGGAGGGCCGAGAAGCUGGUUCACCGAUGAAAGUGGACGCGAAUGUCGACCCACGCCCUGCGGCAUUGACGCGAAAGUUGUCCCUGGCAUCGCCUGCCCUGGGCCCUUCGACACCUGAUCCAAUGGACGGCCCCCUCCCUGUCUUCGCGCCGGCAGAGCCAGACUCGCCUUCGAUGCGUUUCACGCAGCACCCGUCCGCAUUCCUCCCCAGGAUGGCAUCGACGCAGCAGCCUCAGUCCGGUGGCUCUGGUGGGUAUGGCUACGGCGACACUGCCAGCACCAGCCAGGGCAAGCCAGAGUCGAACCCCGGCGGGUACGUCGCGAUCUCCGGACUCGGGGUCAGCCAGAGUCAGGGCGGGCUCGGGUUCACGGGUAUGGAUUAUAAUUCGCAGUUUGAUGUGGAUAGAGAGGUGGAUAGAGUUAAUGCGCUGCUGGAUAAGGAUGUGGAUUUUGAUGGGUGGUUAAGGGAUGUGACGGAUGAGAGUGCCGCGGAUGUGGCGAUGAAAGGGAGUAGCCAGUCUGGGGCCCAGUAGGGUCAUGCGUUGGCGAGCUCGCGAACCCCUUAUGGUACUUACUUUCUAAGCUUAUUGCUACACAUUUCAUGCUAGGUUAAACUAUGCACCACAUGUAUUCUGUAGUUCCUUUCUUACAACUAGUACUUCUGUUUGACGAUGCAAUCCG